GCUGUCUGUGGACAUGUGACAAGGAAGAGAGGAAAAAUAACAGAAGUUGAAAUUUUGCAAAGAACCACAGAGAUUUGCCAUGACUGCAAUUAUUAAAGAAACUCAAAGCAUUAAAGAAGCAGUGUUGUUCAUCAAUGAAAUCGACCCAAGCAAAUUUCCAAAACUGCUAUCGCGAAUUCUUCAGAAACUCCACCUAAAGGCCGAACGCUCUUUCAGUGAGGAGGAAGAGGAGAAACUACAGACUGCUCUGUUGCUAGAAAAGCAAGCCCUUCAUCUAGUCCUGGAAACAGUUUCUUAUAUUAUAGAGCAGGCUGUCUAUCACAAUGUGAAACCAGCAUCUCUUAAGCAGCAACUAGAAAACAUCAAAUUAAACCCUGACAAGGCUGAGGUCUUCUCUCAGGCAUGGGCAACUGCAGGCCAAGACACUGUAGAAAAAUUCAGGCAACGGAUAUUUGCUCCUAAAAAGCUGGAGAGUGUUGGAUGGCAGCUAAACUUAGAAAUGGCACAAUCGAGACAAGCAAAAAUGAAAUCGCCACGUGCUGUUUUGGAGCUUGGGAUCAGCAAUGAAGACUCGGAGAACACACAGAAAGUUUUUUUGGAAUUCAACCACAAGGAACUUCUUGAAUUUUACAAUAAGCUAGAGACCAUUCAAGCACAGCUGGACUCCCUCACAUGAUGCCAUUGAAUUUGAUCUCCUCCCGUCAUUCCUGUGUCUGAUGUUAUUAAUGGAUGACAGUGCACUUGGAAUAAUAUACACAUGGAGUUUAACCUUUUUCAAAACUAAUUAAAGCAAAGCAGUUUUUUUUUCCAGAAUAAGAGAUUGAAUGUUUCCCUCUCCUUCUUAAACUAAAGUCUAUUUUUCAUAAUUUCAUUUAGUUCAAGGGGCACAGCUGUUUCAUUUUUUAAAAUUAGCUGAAUGAGUUUUAUUU